GCGUCAUUUUUAAAAAUGGCGGAAGAACUAAGUUCUAAGCGCUUAUCGGGCAAUAAUCGUCAAGCUAACCAAGCUCUGUGUGCAAGUAGCAACUUGAUGGAGUUCGAAAAGUAUCGCGGAAUGAUCAGAUGGUAUAUAGACAAGCACCAGUACUCGAGCGCUUUGUUCUGGGCGGACAAGGUAGCCACGCUAUCCAAAGAGAACACGCAAGACAUUUACUGCCUAGCGCAGUGUCUCUACCUGACGAAGCAGUACCACAGGGCCGCACACUGCAUCCAAAGUCGAAAUUUGCACAUGAAAGACCUCAGGUGCAAGUUCUUGGCCGUUUCGAGCCGCUUUGCCGGCAAAGAAUACAGGGAGGCUCUGGAAAUCUUGGAAGCACCUAUUCCAGAACGUGUCGUCAUUCCUGAUGAGGGAGACCUGGAGCAAAGACAGCUGGAAGCCUCUCUGCAACUCCUGAAAGGGAAAACUUAUGAAGCUAUUGACAACAGGAUGCUCGCUGCUGAGUGCUACAAGAAGGCACUUAGGUUGGACAUUCACUGCUAUGAAGCCUUUGAAGCAUUGGUAAAGCACCAAAUGCUUUCAAAAGAGGAAGAGGAAAGCCUCCUGAAUCUACUCACCAUGACACUAACCAUCUCUGCGGAGGACAAUGAAUUUGUCAGGCUACUCUAUGAGACCAAGGUCAAGAAAUAUGACAAGCCAGUCCUACCUGAAAUACCCGACGGACUCAACGAGCUCCGAGGAAACUUGGACAUUGCAACCUCCAUGGCAGAAAAAUGCUUCUACAACUGCGAUUACAAGCAGUGUUUUGAAAUUACUUCAGUCGUACUAAGCAAGGACCCAUACCACACUGAUUGUCUACCUGUUCACAUAUCGUGCCUGUUAGAACUUGGGAAAUCUAAUGCUCUCUUUUAUUUGGCCCACAAGCUUGUCGACUUGUUCCCAGACAAUGCGAUAUCUUGGUUCGCAGUUGGGUGUUACUACUUCCUGGUAGGAAAGGCGGAUUCUGCGCGUCGCUAUCUCAGCAAGGCCACCGUACUUGAUCAAGUGUUUGGUCCGGCAUGGCUGAUGUAUGGCCACUCCUUUGCGGUGGAGAGUGAGCAUGACCAGGCCAUGGCUGCCUACUUCAAAGCCCUCCAGUUGAUGAAAGGAUGCCACCUCCCCUUCCUCUACAUUGGUCUUGAGUAUGGCCUGACGAACAACACGAAGCUGGCCGAACGCUUCUUCAACCAGGCCCUUGCAAUCGCUCCGAACGACCCUUUCGUUCUUCACGAACUUGGAGUAGUGGCCUUCCAGAAUCAGGAGUAGGUUUGCUUGAUUCCUGCUUGGU